CCCCCUCCCCCUAGAAACUAGGCCUGCACUAUAAGCUAGAGGGUCACAUUGCAAGAGUAGCUCAUGGUAUAUUGCCUGUGGUCUGGAAUAAUCUUGCUAACUGCAAGUCCAUUUUUGUCAUUUGGUUUCUGCAGAACCUCUUAGGAAUCACAAAUCAACUGGAGAAGCUCUAUCUGGGGUCAUUAUAAUGACUCGCCGAUAAAUGUACAAGUUCUGCCGGAGGCUGUCCCGAGGCUGGCUGUUAUGUGUCUGGGACGUUGUCACUACAUCACACACUUCCUCGAUUUCAGGAUUGCCCUCUAAGCCUGUCUAAUGGGAUUCUCUGUUGCUGACCCUGGCUUACUCUGACCUACUUCCUUCUUCUGUCCCAGCAAGCUGUCAGCAGCUAUCAGAGCACCAGAAGCCGAAAUCACCGGGCACUGAGGGGGAAAAGCAAGGAUGUCGCUGGUGAAUUCCCAGGGAUCCAUUAAGAGGAAACUGGAAGGAGACAACUUUCCCGACAGCAGUUCCUUUGAUGACCUUUACCCUCAUGACAUUAAGAGACCUUGCCUUGAUGAUGUUACUCUUUCUAUGGGACAAAGUACCAACCCCAGUAGCUCAUGUACCGAGGUACAGAUGUCGUCAUUUUCUAUGGAUCAUAAUUCCUCCUCCGUGGGCAUGGCUGACCAUUCGGUCCUACUGGAAAAUAAUCAGAUGAACGAUAAUGACGUUGGGUCUUCGUUCAGCAUGCCGCCAAAUACAGAGGUCGGACAGAAAGGGCCGAUGGGCGGAGCGGACGGUAUGGCUCAUUACGAUGAAAAAGGAAACAGUCUGCAGACUGUGGAUCAGGAGCUUCAGGAUCUCCUGGAAGAGCUAACCAAAAUGCCAGAUCCUUCUCCUAAUGAUCUUGAUCUGGAAAAUAUUCUGGGGAGCAAGCCAGAAGAACCACUUGGGAUAGUUUCUGCGCCACCAACCUUGAGGAGCACUCCUAAGCCUUCUCCUCAAACGGCUCACCUGGAGAACCACGUCACCAGCAAGGAGUUUUCUCCUAGCUGCGGACAGACGGUGACAAGCGGGUCGCCUCAGCUGCGGCCCUCCUCGGCAGGAGCGAGCUACCCGGCUCAUCCUCCCAGCAAGCCUACCACCUCGCCUGUUUCUUCGACAACCCAGACGAAGUGCCAGCCCCGGAAUAUGCUAACUGGCUCCUUACCCACCUUGUCUGGACCUCACUGGCAUCACGCCCACCAACUGAAGGCCCUGGCAGCCAGCAAGCAAGUAUCUUCUACAAAACAGCAAAUGCCAACAUCCAGCUGGUCUACUAUGGCGUCUCCGGGCCUUUCUCCACCGUACCCACCGGGGUCCUCGCCACACCAGCAGCCGUACAGCCCUCAGAACAUCAUGGUGUCUGGAAUAUCAUCCACCACUCUGCCGGGGAGCAACCUCCAGACCUCUCCCACUGCCUUGCUUUCCAAUCUGUCCGUCAGUGGCAACUCUAGCGGAGGUCCCUCCGGGCCCUUUGGUUCAGAGAUGAUGUCCAGUCCCAUUCUCACUCAGCAACAGCAGCAGUUCAGCCCUCCCAAUGUCAUGCUUUCCAACAUGACCUCCCCGGCCAUCCCUACCACCAGUAUCAAGAGUCCUUCGAGCAGCCUGGUCUCGAGCAUGGUCACUACCAAUCCAUCCUCACCAUACCGGCCAGAUAAGCUCUCCAGCCCAGCUCUGCAUCAGCAGUCCUUCAGUCCACAGGGCGCUCUGAUCCCAAACGUCAGUAAAGCCGGGGGGAUGCAGCAGCCGCAGCAGCCGCCACCUCCACCGCCACCACAGCAGCAGCAGCAGCAGCAGAACCCGCUGUAUAAGACCAUAAGCAACAAUCCAUCGAAAAAUCUCAGUGUGAUCCUACAGCAAGCUUCCGGUGGCUUGCAGUCCGGGCUGGUGAAUGAAGGCCCUGGAAGUCAGGAGCCCUUUUCCUUUGGUAAUACCAAGCCCCUGUCCCACUUCACUUCUGAGGCAGCCCCCCAGAAGGUGGCAACCAUGACUGCAAGCUCAGGGCAGCAGUCCCUGCUCCACUACCUGCAGCAGCCUCCACAGGCCUCCACUCAGCAGCUGCAGGCCCAGCAGCCCAACAGUACACAGUUUUUGCUACAGCAGAUGAUGCAGCAACCGCAGAGGACCCAACGACAUAUGUCACCUGCCUCUUUGCCUUCUCAGCCUAGACAGGUGAGAGAAUCUCCGACUGGCUUUUGUUGAUUUCCUGCUGACUUGGGAAAAUGGUAUAUUCUAUUGUGGCCUAAUUAUGGAGAGCGCAUCUAGGCAUCCUGAUCCCAAGAUCGGGCUUGAUAUGGGGGAAAGCAUAUUGAAGCCAGCCGAUUGCGUGCGUCUGACUAGUUUUUAGCAUUAAUGAGGUCAGAGUUACCGAUCUGGGCCCCCACUCAGGUGAGGCAGCUUCCCAAGUGAGAGCGGUUCGGCACACCCUGGCUGUAGAUGGGUUAUUCUAGCUAGCAGGUGCUCUUGCUCAUAAGGGGAUUGAUUCAGCAAACCUAAUAACACCACUGGAAAAAAUUACUGUACAAGAGAUACGAUCAUUUAUUUAUUUAAACUUUGCUGCCAUAAGCAUUCGUGCCAGGGCAUUCUUCAACCAGAACUUACUUAGUUAUAAAUCAGGUUCGGUUCAACAACAGACUUUUAUGAAACUCCCACUAUGUGUCAAGAACUGUGUUAGUUACUAGGGAUGCAAAAAGGAAAAUGUCCCUGCCUUCAAGGAGUUUUUAUUCUAUGAGGGAAAGCAACAUUUUAGGAAAUAUGAAACAUAUGCCAAGUAAAUAAUACAAGGUCAUUUUUUUUACCAUCCAGCUAGGAUGGUAGGGACCAGCUAGGAACCCUAGCACUUGGUAGGGGUGAGAGGAAUCAGGAAAGGCUUCUGGGAGGAGGCAGCACUUAAGCAGAGCUUUAAAGGAAACUAGAAAUGUUAAGGGUCAGAGAUGAGGAGGGCAUGUGCUCCACAAAUGAGCACCAGCUAAUGGGUUUGGAGGCAGGAAACAGAAUAUCAUACGUGGACUCAGAAAGCCAAUUUGGCUAGAUCAUGAGUGCAUGAAGGAGAAGGCCCAAAGAGAUUAAUGGGAUCCCUGCCUUCAUUGGGAUGCCUAUUCCUUCCACUAAGAUUGUAAGCCUUAUUGUUCUCUGAUAACAUGGUUUUGUUGGAUCGUGGGACGCCUGCAAAUGUAUUACUCGGUAUCUAGCCUUCUGGUGAUGAGGGAGCCUCUGUGCACUUAGAAAGACCAGGAGUAGGACAGUACACAUAUAAUGUGUUGCCAGAACUGUCCCAGAAGCCUCUCUGGCUUGGUAGAACCAGCAAGAAUUUAGAUUUCCCUGAAUAGCCUUUGGAAAGUCAGGGUCAUUUCAACUUGCCUAGGGACCUCCAGAGGACGACAUUGCCUCAGACUACUCCUGGUCUUCCCCAAUGAAGACACUCAUUCUUUUCUAUUGUCACCUUGGGGAAAACUUAUUGUCUCCUCCAUCUUGAGAUCUCUUCAAGAGAUGACCUGUCAAAUGAAGCCCUAUGGAAGGAAGGGUAGUUGAGUCAGACCCACCCUUUGUUAGAAGAGGUGAUCCAUAGAAAUUUUCUUUUGAUGAAAGCAAUUUCAGGCAUUAUUCUGGUGGAGGAUUACUGUGUCCUUCUGUGAUUUGAUUUAAAUGCACACAAUGUGAUUUAGAGGAUGACACUGAAAUGCCGUUAUCAAAAGAAAUCACAUUCUCCUUAGAUUUUAGGUUAAGCUCCUUCAGCUGGUUCAACGUUCUCAUUUUACAGAAGAGAAAACUGAGGUCCUGGGAGGUGAGCAGAUUUGCAGAGUCACACAAAAUGGCAGAGCCAAUGUUCUAGAUCAAGUCCUUGGACUUUCAAGUCUAGCCUCCUUCCCACUGUGCUAGGUUGUUCUCUUCUUCCCUUGUCUUUAUUUACUCAGUAGUGCAAAGAGUGUUCUCUCCCACCAAACCACAUAGCUCCUAGCCUCUCCCUCAUGUGGCAGCCAGUCAUCUUCAGUAGCUGCCUAAGCAUGAGAACUGUCACAGAGUAGAGGGGGCCACAUCCAGGCCAGAGGGUUCUCGCUCACUGACGCUCUUCAGGCCCAGGAUGAGUGACUACUUUCCAAGAAUGCUGUAGUGGAGAUUCCUGCUCCACUCUAGGUUGGAAUAAAUGGCUUUUGAGGUCUCUUCCAGCUCUGAGGUUCCAUGUGAAUGCAGGAUUCUGCGAGGAUGGGUUGGGAGUAUCCUCUUUAUAACCGAAGGACUAGGUCUUCCCCCCUCCCGCCAAGGGUAUGAGUUGCCCAUCUCCACCUCAAGUCAAGGUAAGGCGCCGGGUAUGAAUUAGACCUCAAUGCUCUUCUUUAUGUAUGUGGACAGCAUGGGGAAGCGGAGAACCCCUGGCUUUCCCGAGAUAGCCCUUGGGCUCUGUUCUGCGUCAUGUGGAAUUGUGUGAGGUGGUCACUGCAGAACCCAAUCCAGAGAAGCAUUUAUUCAGUGACUGCUCUGGGCAAGACAUUGCCAAUGAGUUGUCUAUCCUACUGCAGACCCCUGAGGCUCUUCCCCAGUUCCCUGAUUUAUCUCUCUACUAAAUGCUUGUCGACUGACUGACUUAUUCCCUCCUUUUCACUCCAUUACCACCUCUGUACUGAGAAUAUUAUCCUCCUAGUCAAGGAGUACCAAGAAAGAUUCCUGUCACGGCAUGUCAACAUCUCCUGUUAACUAGCCAGACUUCGGGGUUGUGCGAUUUCCCCACGUAACUUCCCAGGCUUCCGCACUUGGUCGUGGCAGCUUUUCCAGAGGAAGAAAA